AUGGUCGCUUUUCUCACUCUCGCGCUCUCGCUUUCUCUCGUCGUCCACUCUUGGGCUGCACCAGCAACACUUGAACCACGUAUCUCGACAACCAUUGCAGACCUCAAGUUCCCACAGAUUCCAGCCAACUUGCUCUGCGAUAUCCCCUUCAUAUCCCAGUGGAUAUGCCCUCGUGAUAGCGGAGGCUCUUCUACGAGCUCCUCUCUGUCUGUUUCCACUCCCCUUGGAACCGCAGAGGGCACGUCCGAUACCUCCGGUGUCGUCAGAUACGCAGUCAGGUAUGGCAGCGCAGAUAGGUGGCAACCGUCAUCCGUCGUGACAUCCUGGGCCCUUCCUGCUGGCGCCUCAAACGCAUCCGGACUGCCCUUGGCAUGCCCUCAAGGCACUGAUCCCACUCAAUACUCUGAGGAUUGUCUGGCUAUGCUCCUUUAUGUUCCGCCUUCCGUCCAAAUUGGAAGUGAUGCUCCGACGUUGAUGUGGAUUCACGGCGGUUCUUUCGUCAGCGGUUCCGCCACCGGUCCUGGUCUCGACGGCGCUAUCCUCGCGACGAACAGCGACGCGAUUAUUGCAGUUGUGCAAUACCGGCUGGGUGCGCUCGGAUUUAUGGCGCCGAGCGACGAGACGAACCUGGCUGUCCAAGAUAUCAUGACGGCCAUGCAGUUCCUGCAGAAGGUAGUGCCUAGCUUUGGCGGCUCCGCGUCAAAGAUUACACUCGACGGGCAGUCUUCUGGUGCGAACAUGAUCCGGGCGAUACUCGCAGUGCCCUCAGCCUCCGACCUGUUCCAGUCCGCCAUCCUGCAGUCCGACCCGAUGGACUAUGGCUUCCUGAACACUACGAUGCAAGACACUUUGCAAACGUUCUUCAAUGAGCAGCUGCCCUGCAGCUCAGCAGACAGCUCCUGCCUCUCCUCGCUUUCGGUAUCCGACAUUUUACUUGCGCAGUCCUCUCUUAUGGGCAACGCGAGCUCUCUAGUACCAGCAGCUGGCGCGGCGGAACCUAUUCGGCCUGUGCGUGACGGCAUCCUAAUCACGUCUCCGCUGGAUUCGACAGCACCAUUCCCCUCCCAAACGAAGCCGAUCUUACUCUCUACAGUGCUGGACGAGGCGAUGCUCACGAUCUACGGCUACUAUACUUCACCGAUCACCGUGACGUUCUACGACGAAAUCGUCAACGUUUCAUUUGGGGAGCCCCGCGCGGAGCGGCUGCUGUCGGCAGAGGAGUACAUUGUGCCUGUGAGCAGCUCGAACUCGAACUCCGUGCAGGAUGCACGCCCGCAGUUGCAGGUCAUGGGCACGGACCAGGUCUGGCGCUGCGCGACAUGGACGUUCGCACGCAACUGGGUCGCAAGCGGGGGCCAAGCGUGGGUCGGCCUGUACGUCGUGGGGGCGUCAUACCCGGGCAACUCGGCUGUGCCGGAGUGCACGGAGACAGGGUCGGUGUGCCACCAGGAUGACAUCGAAAUCGUGUUCGGAACAGCCCCGAGCCCGACGUCGGCGCAGAGCGCGCUCAUCAACGAGAUGCAGGCGCGGUACAAGGCGUUUUUGACAACGGGCAACCCGAACACAGACUCGUAUCCGACGUGGACGGAGGCGACGAGCACGACAAUCGACGCGCUGGAGCUCGGCGGGUCGGGCAAUUAUGCGGCCGGCGCGUGCAACGUGACGUACUGGGGCGAGUACGUGGAGUACGAUUACCAGGUGUACGACAUCUAG